AUGGAAACAUACACAGAGCCCGCCUUUGCGGCGCAGACUGCCGCAGUCUUUUCGGCUGCUCUGAUCCUUGUCUAUGUCGCGCCGUUCUAUCUGUCGUCUGCCACGCGACCAUCGCAAACGCUCAGCCGGGACACCCCGUCUGUGAUCCGGGCGCGCAUUAGGGCGGUCACGCUCUCCUGCAUCAUCGGCGUCAUUGCUGUCUUGGGACUUCUGAUUCGGAAUGAUGUGACAGUUCCCGAGGCCAUGCACCUCCUCGGGUGGUGGCCGAUCGGGCUGGCGGAAGUUCUUUGUACCCUGCUCCUGACGGCCAUUCUCUUUGCUGGGCCCCUUUUUGAGCGCGUUGCGGAAGGCGAGUGGAAGCACGGAAACCCUGUUCGCAGAAUCUACGAGUCAUUGAACAGUUGGGCGGGAUGGAGGAAUUAUGUCGCCGGCCCCGUUACUGAAGAGAUCAUCUUCCGGUCUGCGAUCAUACCGCUUCAUCUUCUCGCCAAUGUCUCCCCAGGCCGGAUUGUCUUCGUGGCUCCGCUCUAUUUUGGCAUCGCCCACGUACACCAUUUCUAUGAGUUCCGCCUGACCCAUCCGGAUACAUCUGUGUUCAUCGCCUUGUUCCGGUCUAUCUUCCAGUUUGGAUUUACGACAGUCUUCGGCUGGUACGCCACUUUUGUCUAUCUGCGAACCGGGUCGCUCCUGGCGGUGAUCAUCGCCCACAGUUUCUGCAACUGGUGUGGGCUGCCACGACUGUGGGGACGGCUUGAAGCCAUGGUCCAAAUGGAAUCAAUGCAAGGCCCGGUAUAUGUCUACCGGCCCUUGGCGACGGGCUGGACUGUCGCAUACUAUCUUUUGCUAGUCGGGGGUGCUAUUGGCUUUUACUAUAGCCUGUGGCCGUUGACCGAGUCUGCCCAUGCACUGGCCUUGUUUGCCAGUUGA